AUGCCUUCCAGCAACAGUACCCCAGACCCUUCUCCCUCUCCUCCCGUGGAGGUCAAGAAUCCUCACACUGGAAUUAUCAAUCACGAUCUCAUCAAAGAGGGCUCUAUUCAGAUCACCAUGUCUCAGAACAGCUCUGCCCCCAGCACCCCUUCCAGCACUGCUUCUCCCGGAGAACCGACAGCUGUUGCUGACCCUUCUAACACCAUGAACGGCCCCAAGCAGAGUGCCAACAAGGUCUGUCGUUGUGGCUGCGUUUGCCAGGAGGUCUGCCGAUCCGACGACUACUACUGCGAUCCAUGCAUUGAAGCACGACACGACUACCUCCCCCCUGGUCUUGAUAAGUCAGGCUAG